AUGACAGGAUUCCCCAUGGCAGAACUGGUUCAGCUCCGACUGGUGAAUGGCCCGAGUCGCUGCGCUGGGAGGGUCGAGGUGCUUCACAACCAGCAGUGGGGAACCAUGUGUGAUGACAACUGGGAUUUAACUGAGGCCAGAGUCGUGUGCAAGCAGCUGGGCUGUGGGACGGCGUUAGCAGCCCCAGGCAGGGCUAACUUUGGGCGAGGAUCAGACCGCAUCUGGCUGGAUGACGUAAACUGCACAGGGAGAGAAGCUGCCUUUUCCGAUUGCAGAGCUCUGCCUUGGGGACACAAUAACUGUGAUCACGGAGAAGAUGCCGGUGUUGUGUGCUCAGAACUGGCUCAGCUCCGACUGGUGAACGGCCCGAGUCGCUGCGCUGGGAGGGUCGAGGUGCUUCACGAUCAGUUGUGGGGAACCGUGUGUGAUGACAGCUGGGACAUAACUGAUGCUGGAGUCGUGUGCAGGCAGCUGGGCUGUGGGACGGCGUUAGCAGCCCCAGGCGUGGCUAACUUUGGGCGAGGAUCAGACCGUAUCUGGCUGGAUGACGUCAAGUGCAACGGGACAGAAACUGCCCUCUCCAAUUGCAGAGCUCUGCCUUGGGGACACAAUAACUGUAACCACGGAGAAGAUGCCGGUGUUGUGUGCUCAGAACUGGCUCAGCUCCGACUGGUGAAUGGCCCGAGUCGCUGCGCUGGGAGGGUUCAAGUGCUUCACGAGCAGUUGUGGGGAACCGUGUGUGAUGACAGCUGGGACAUAACUGAUGCUGGAGUCGUGUGCAGGCAGCUGGGCUGUGGGACGGCGUUAUCAGCCCCAGGCAGGGCUAACUUUGGGCGAGGAUCAGACCGUAUCUGGCUGGAUGACGUCAAGUGCGACGGGACAGAAACUGCCCUCUCCAAUUGCAGAGCUCUGCCUUGGGGACACAAUAACUGUGAUCACGGAGAAGAUGCCGGUGUUGUGUGCUCAGGUACAGACCAUUGUCUCUUCCAGAGGAGGUCUCUCUUCGGAGACUUGUGCUGA